AUGGGAGGAGUGCGUACAAAGACGGUGAAGAAAGCGUCGCGCGUCAUCAUCGAGAAGUACUACACGCGACUCGGACGCGACUUUCACACAAACAAGAGGAUCUGCGAUGAGGUGUCCGUGAUCCCUUCGAAGAAACUCCGAAAUCGUAUUGCCGGAUUCAUCACACACUUGAUGGCGCGCAUUGAAAAGGGCCCUGUUCGCGGAAUCUCCAUCAAAUUGCAAGAAGAGGAACGCGAGAGAAGAGACAACUACAUGCCAGAUGUUUCCGUCGUCGAUCCACGCGAGCUUUCCACAAUCAAGGUUGAUGCGGACACCGAACAGAUGAUCAAAGAUAUGGAAUUGAACAUUCCAAGCCUUCAAGUCGAGGAAAUCAAGCCAUCAGGAGUCCCAGGAGGACGACGAUAU